GUACAUAUUUCGUACGUAACGUGAAUUGAUUUCUCCAAAAAAAUAUGAUUUUAUUUGUAUACAAAAUAAAUUCUAAGAUUAAACUCAUGAAGUUCUUUCAAAAUUUUAUUUAAUUUGUAUGAAUACAAUUACAUACCGUAUUUAUAUCGACUCGUGGAAUUCUUUCAAAAUUUGAUUUGUAUGAAUAUAAUUACAUAUCGCAGCCUGUGUUAUGUUUUAUGAACGCGUCACAUUUAUGCACGCCCUUUUAUCCUCACAUUUUCAACGUUCAAUUUCACGAUGUCGUUUGUUUCUAGUUUAUUCUCAAUCCUGAGGAAACAAAUCUUGAAAGUUGAACGAUAUUGACGACGUGCAAUACGUGAACAAUAGGGGACGUAAGCUGGCGAUCGAAAUUAUUGAGUUACUGAUAUAGUCACAAUUUGUAAUACACGCGUUCUCGUUAAAAUCAAUUUACCUGUGGCGCAACCCUCCGCGAAUCAAUACGACUUUGAAACGAUAUAUAUGACUGCGAUUACGAUGCGCGGGGACCUUUAGAGACUCGCGUGCUCGUUAGUGUGCAGCUAUUUCUAACUUUAGAAACAGCCCGUCCAAGUGUAUCCACCACCACAUUGAUCUCGUACUCGAAAUCCGGCCUGAAAUUAAUAACGGCUAAUUGCGAACCGGAGCUACUUCUGAAUGACGAAUGUCGCUUUAACGCAUUUAAUGCAACAGCUGUGCUACAUUCGCCGUAAUAUAUAAUAUCGAUGAGAAUCUAGCAUGCAUUCUGUACGGUUGCUGUCAGGAUACGAUAUGCCCGCAGUGGGGCUGGGAACGUGGCAGGCUAAACCAGAAGAGAUCGAAAGUAUUGUGAACGCUGCCUUGGAGUGUGGUUACAGGCACAUUGAUACAGCAACUAAUUAUAAUAAUGAGGAUGCGAUCGGCAAAGCUUUGAAAAGAUGGUUCGAGAAGGGUGGCACUAGAGAAGAGCUUUUCAUCACGACGAAGCUACCCCAUUUCGGCAAUCGAUCGUCUGACGUGGAAAGGUUCAUUAAAUUGUCGUUGGAGAAGCUUGGAUUGGAUUACUUAGACAUGUAUCUCAUUCACAUGCCCUUCGCAUUUAAGUUGGAUGAAAAUACGUGCACCGCAGCGACGAAUGAGGACGGAAGUUACAUACUCGAUUUGGACACGGAUCCUGUCUCGGUGUGGAAAGAGAUGGAGAAGCAAGUUAAAUCGGGGCGUACCAGGUCCAUAGGUUUAAGCAACUUUAACGAGGAGCAGAUUUCGACCAUUUGGGAGAACGCACAAAUUAAGCCAAGUAAUCUGCAGAUAGAAUUACAUGCGUAUAUGCAGCAGACGCCAAUUCGAGAAUUGUGCAAGAAGCACAAUAUCGUCGUAACGGGUUACAGUCCGUUGGGCUCUCCAGGAGCCAAGACGCACUUUCAAACGAAAUAUAACUACGCUCUAGACAAAUUUCCCGACUUGCUAAAUCAUCCGAUUAUUCAGAAUAUCGCCGCGGAGCAUAAAAAGACGACAGCGCAAGUUUUAUUGCGGCACUUGCUACAACUAGGCGUUGUAAUUAUCCCUAAGAGCACGUCUUCAGAAAGAAUCAAGUCGAAUAUCGAUUUAUUCGAUUUUGCCUUAACAGAGGAGAACAUGAAGGUUUUGAGUACCUUAGAUAAAGGUUCUAACGGAAGAAUAUUUGACUUCUUAUUUUUUAAAGGAAUUCAAGAUCAUCCACAUUAUCCGUUUAAAAGUGAAUUUUCAUAAAUUAUGAAUUAAUAUGCAAGUCGUUAGUUUGUAUCAAAAUAGUUGAGAGAGAAUUACAUAACAUACCAAGCGAG